AUGACCCAAACGCUGAAAAGCAAGACCGCCGGCUACGUGCUGCAAAGAGACCUCCAAGCCUCCAUCCGGCUCUACUUCCAGCAUUGGAUGUGGCGGCGCCAACUGGGCUACCUCCUGCAUCCCCAGAUUCCGAUCAAGGAUGGGUAUCGGGUGGCCGAUGUGGCCUGUGGAACGGGGAUCUGGCUGAUUGACCUGGCCCGGGAGCACCCGGGGGUCCAAUGCGACGGCUACGACAUCUCGACCGAACAGUAUCCCGCUGCGGGCUGGCUGCCGCCCAACGUGCGACUGGAGACGUUGGAUCUGCUGAAGCCCAUCCCGGAGGCCCUGCGCGGACAGUACGAUAUCGUCCACGUGGGCUUGGUGGUUUUGGUGGUGGAGAACGACGAUCCGACGACCGUCCUAGAGAAUCUACUCGCCUUGCUAAAACCCGGGGGCUAUCUGCAAUGGGACGAAUCGGACUUUGGGGGUCUGGAGACCAGUUCGCCCGACGCGUCCAUCCCUCACGAGGCGCUGGACGAGGUCAAGCAACGGGUGUUGGGUAGUUUACUCGCGGCCAAGCAGGUAGAUUUCCAUUGGGUGCGCCACCUGGGCCAGUACUUCCGGGACCGGGGGGCGACGGUGGUGGAUGACCAAUGGCUCCCCAUUGCCGAUGAUAUCGCCCUCCCCUGGACCUUGCAGCACUUGAUGGCCUUUGCCGAGUUUGUUCGGCGCAUUGAUCAACCGGUGGGCACCGCGCGGGAGUGGUGGGAAGUCUAUGAGAGGGCGGCGGACGAGGCUGCCCGGGGAGGGUCGAUGCGCAUGGCCAUGGCCAGUGUCGUCGGCCGGAAACCGGCGGAGUAA